GCUAAAUUUUAAUGCUAUUAGAUGCGGACAAUUGGAUUAAAAUUUUAUUCGAUGUAAUUAAUCGUUUCAUGCCAUGAGGAUCGCUGCCAUGAUUGAUUUUAGCGUCGUUUCGGGAUUGUUGAACUAAAAUAGUUUUUGAAAAAUGUGGAAAGUUUGGGUGAAAAGCUACAAGGAAAUGGUGUGAAACGGUUUUAAAUGUGAUUUUUUGGAAAAAAUGGAAGCUGCUAGAGUGUUCUGUUUACCCGGAUUGUGAAGUUAUUCUUCUCAAAAAAUUAAAAUGUUCUUUGUUGUCAGCUCCCCGAACGACCUUGAAAAAUGUUAACCUUUUAAAAAUGUCUGGGUCCAUUCUAACCUUAUAAGUUUGUUUACGUUUUUUAAAUUUCGGCAUCCGAAGUUAAUUUACUUAGAAGAAUCAAAAGCUUAUCUGAAAAUGUGAAUUCUACCAAUCCAGUUGGCAGUAAUUCAGAAUGGUUGUAGAUGUGACCACCAGAUCUUUUCACACAAAAAUGCAACCCACUGGUAUGAACCCAAAGGAAUUAUCAGAUAAUGAUGAUAUCGCUACAUCGCUUGUUUUGGACCCCCAUUUGGGGUUUACCACCCAUAAAAUGAGUACAAGGUUUAGGGCACCUCGAGCAAACAACACUGAACUGAAAACUAUUAUUGAAGACUUUGUGCACAAUCAAAACUAUGAAAAAGCCUUUGCUAAGAUUUCCAAAGGGGACUGGUGGCCCAGAAUCAAGUUGAAAAUGCAACAGAAAAAGUUGGAAGAUCACAUCUACCGCUAUCUUAGGGUAUUUGACAAGGAGUCUGGUUUUGUGAUAGAGCCCUGCUACAGAUACUCCUUAGAAGGUAAAAUAGGAGCCAAAAUAUCGGCUACAAGGAAAUGGUAUAAAAAUGAAAAGAUAGAACGUCUAGUUGGCUGUAUAGCCGAACUAACAGAGGAAGAGGAAAAGCAACUGUUACAUCCUGGAAAAAACGAUUUUUCUGUGAUGUAUAGUUGUAGGAAAAAUUGUGCCCAGCUCUGGUUAGGUCCGGCUGCAUACAUAAACCACGACUGCCGAGCCAACUGCAAAUUCGUCGCGACGGGUCGCGACACGGCGUGCGUGAAAGUGCUGCGCGACAUCGAUGCCGGCGAAGAAAUCACCUGCUUCUACGGCGAGGAUUUCUUCGGCGACAAAAAUUGCUAUUGCGAGUGCGAGACAUGCGAGCGUCGCAACACGGGCGCGUACGCCAAAGAGACCGACCAACAGGAGGAAAACGGUUACAAGUUGCGCGAAACGGACAACCGAAUCAACAGGACUAAAGUAAAAUUACAGGGUAGCAAAUUAGUGAACGACUGCCACGAACGGUUCCACGAGAACGGUAAAAUAAUCAGCCCGUUGAGCAUGAAGGAGCUCCGCCGAAAAGGCCUAACUAAAUACGACGCGGAGCUGCUGAUCGCCCAAGGGUGCAAGUUUACGGAUUUAGCCGAUUUCGGCCGUAAGCGCGUUAGCUUAAGUGUAAAUAAACCAGAUGUUAAAAAAAUUAGUCGAAGUAAAAAGUCUGUGAUAACCGAUGAGGGUGGUAAUUCGACUGUGAGCACGAGGGCUUCGCGGAUGCAGCGGCGCCAGGCCAGACAGGCCAAUUUGGAGCUGAUGCAGAGCUCCACCAGGACGAUUUCCAGGUCGAAUUUGCUGGACGAUCUGCAAAGCAACGCCAGCAGUUGUCCCAGCACGUUCAGCGAUACAGAACCGGCGUGUGACGCCUCUACGCAACAGGAUAAAUUCAGCGAUAGCCACGAGAGCGGCAAUGGGAUUACUACGUUAGAAACUGCCGAGAAGACCUCGAGAAUAACCCUGCGAAAUCACAAGCGUCUUCAUGAUCCCCCACCUGAAACGGCGACGCCGUGCAUCACUUUAGAAAACCAUCCCCCCGCCGAGCACCACCCGACCGUAGACUGCAAUCAAAAUGGUAUGACGGAAAUCAAAGAGGAGUCUGAGAACGACAAGAACAGCGUGUUCGAGGGCGACGACGAUGACAAAAAUCUGUCGUUCGACGACGUUUCGCCGGACGAAAAACAGGACGCCAUCAGUCAACGAAAGACCAGGCACUCCAAUCGGUCGUGCACGCCCAUAGAAGAAGCUAAAUGUGAUGAAAAUAGCGAUGUGUUCGAAGAGACAAUUGAAAAGAGCGACGUUUAUGAAUUUAACGACGACGAAAGUACGGAUAAUGUGAUUUUGCGUAAAAGUAAAACUGUACAGGAUAUUGAAAAUUCGAAUACGAGAGCAAAGUCUGAAGAAAUUAUUAAUACUGCCGCGGAGACCAAAAGUGAUAGGGUUGAUAGAGAAAUCAAAGAAGUAAAUGUGUACUCUUUACUUACAGAAAGUCCACCAGUGUGUGUUCAGGAAGAACAGAAGACUCCAGAGAAAUGUGGUCGAUUAAAACUCACGUUGCGGAUGAAGCGCAGCCCGGUGUUGGACGAAGUCAUCGAAUCGGGAAACAGCAUGAGCGAAGACUACUUCGCACCCGAAUACGAAGUGCUUCGCGUCGAAGGCGUCGAAACCGCUUUAGAUGGUUCCCUAGACGGCGCUUCUUGUACGCCGUUUUCACACAGAAAAAAGCGACAUAAAUCGAAACUGAAGCGGCGCGAAAAGCGUUCGAAAUUGGCAGAGUUAGAAGAGGCCGAAAUGAUACCGCAACUUCCUAUGAAACGCCUGAAGCUUAAAUUCGGCAACGAGAGCCACACUAUUGACAUACCGUCCACUAGUACUAAUUGUCAAACAUGAUAGGAGGUUCGUAGGAAUGUGUUUCAGAUUUUUUGCUUAAAAUUAAAAGCUUGGAGUUAAAAAAAAAAAAACGCGAUUAAGAUUGGAGUUGAUUUACAUAUUUUUUCGUUUCUGAAAAAAAUGCUAGGAGUUUCACUUUAUUAUGUACACUUGUACAACUUACUUAAUAGGUAACGGUAAAAAUGUCGAUUUUAUGCACUGAAAUGCACUAACCAACUGGGCCAUAAAGGUUUAUGUCAAGUUAAUCAUCUAAUCAUAUACAAUGACAUUACCAUUUUCUACAACGGCUUUUUUAAGACACCAUAAUCCUGCGCCUACCGCUGGCGUGUUUGCUGCAAAGUAUUUCCAUCUUUACAAGGCGAGAAUGAACAAUAAAUUUGUACAUUAAGCUUGUGCAAAUGUGUAUCAAAAAGUGUCACUGGCUCCCCAACCAUACAUGACUUGUUAUAGAUACUUAUUGUUUUCAAAGUUACAAAUUACGUCACAAUAAUGCAACGUAUUUAAAUAGCAUUGUUCAUUUUAACAUGGCAUUUGCGUAAUAAUACUCCCAUUUAAAAUGGUGUAUAAAUUGUAUAUUUACAUAUCAAAAUAAGUGUAAAAAUGCCAUUUUUUUUGUAAGAUAGAUAAACGAAAAUUAAAUUGAAAUACUAAAACAUUACUAAACAGUAUUUCAAAUAAAAAAAGGAAUUAACUUUUAAAAACUACAAUAUAAAUUUGCAAAAUGAAAUCCUGUAGCUGUAGCUAUAUAUAUAUUUUUUUAGCUAAUUGUGAAUUAAGGACCUCAUUGAAUUUUGAAUGAUUUUAUAGAAAAUAAUGAAACAUUAUUUUACCUAAUUUGAAUUUUAAUAAUAAAAAUCUGACGUGUCCAACAAAUGACUUUCUUGUCUGGUUAUUAUAAGCUUUUUCCAGUUAUUUUGUACAACCUUUUGUAUUCAUUGCCAACGAACAUACUAAAAAAUUUAUAUUUUGUGCUUUUCCUCAAUUUUUUUCAUUACUAUCCAUUUUAGAGAAAUCAUAUAUAGAAUAAAAAUUAUAGAGAAUGAUAUCGCAAACAACUUUUAUUUGAUUCAUUUUCUUAAAAAUUAAAAUUUUGUGCUUUUUGUCAAAUUUCUCGAAUACGGACCAUUUUAGGAAAAUUAUGCAUGGGACAAAAAUUACAUUACAAGCAACUUUUAUUUAAAGAAUUUACUUUUACAAGCUUAAAUAACAUAUAUUUCAUAAAGUAGAAACGAUCUUCUAUAAAGUACCCCCCAGAUGUUCCCACUAUGCCCAAAAUUUAAUCUAUGGCAGGAUGGAUUAAAGAUUAAAUUUAAAAUUUGGUGCUCUUCUCUUAUUCAGUUUUUGAGUUUUCUUCAAAAUUUAAAUAUGUACUUUUUCUCAAAUACCUCGAAUACGGUCCAUUUUAGAUAAAUUAUGUAUAGGACAAGAAUUAUAGAAAAUGGCAUCACAAACAACUUUUAUUUGAACAAUUUCCUUAUAAAUUUAAUUUUUUUGCUUUUUGUCAAUUUUCUCGAAUACGGACCAUUUUAGGAAAAUUUGUAGAGAAUAAUAUUAGGAGCAAUAUUUAUUUAACGAAUUUUCUUCUCCAAUCGUAAAUAGCAGAUUUAUGCCAUAAAAUAGAAAAAUAACCCCCCAUAAAGUACCCCCCAAAUGAUCCGACUAUGCUCAAGAUUUAAUCAGUUCACUGCAAGUCGAAAUAAAACUUAAGUUUAAAACUUUGUUUUUCUCUGUAUCCGUUCAUAAGUUAUCGAGUAUACAGACAGACAAACAAACUUCAUUGCGAAAAUAGUCAAAGCGGAUUCAGGGGACCCCAAAACAUAAAAAUCCAUCGAACACUCGAGGUUGAAAAAAUCAUGAUUCCUAUACUUUCCUUAUCUGUAUACAGACAGGAAAGUAAAAAUUAGUUUUAGGUAGUAUCAAAUAUAGUCAAGGUUGCUCAAAUGUAAAAAUAACUCAUUAACUAGAUUGGCGAGUAAGAAGGUCAUCUUAAAAUUUUCAUGUUCUUUGAAAUUUUACUUUUUCAGAUUGUAUUCGCAAACUGUACAUCAUUGCUUGUGCUUUUGUAAGCUGAAUGUGAUACUCUAUACUAAACAGAAAUGCAUUUUUUCUUGGAUUUCAUGAUUUAUUCUGAAAAAGCAACAAAUUAACAUUUUGGGCGAAAUUCAACAUUUUGUUGUUAGGGAAAAUAUGGAAUGAACAAAAUGAAAAAAAUUGACACUAAUAACGUGUAUUCCCUCCUCUUGCAUUGAUGACUGCUUGAAGUCGGCGCGGCAUACUUUGAAUUAAGUUGCGGAUCACAUUCUGGUCGAUGUUAUCUCAUUCCUGCAACAGCAAUCUUCUCAGCUCCUGGGCAGUUCUUGGUGCUGGUGUGUGUCUGCGGAUCUGUAGUCCCAACUCGUCCCAGACAUGUUCUAUGGGAUUCAUGUCUGGGCUGCGGGCUGGCUAGUCAAACCGUCUAAUUUCUACCUCAUCCCAGAUACUCCCUGAUAAUUCUGGCUGUAUGUGGUCUUGCAUUAUCUUGCAUAAAAAUGCCACGUUCCCCCAUAGUCACCAUGAAAGGCAUAACAUGGUCUUUUAGCACCUCCGUAAUGUACCUGUGAGAGGUUAGGGAGCCAUUUUCUAUGAAGACCAACUCUGUACGAGCUUGUGCAGUGAUUCCCGCCCAAACCAUAACUGACCCACCGCCAAAUGGAAGACGCUCGUCAAUGCAAACUUCAGCAUAUCUUUCCCCAGGUCUUCUCCACACUCGUCGACGUCCAUCUGACCCAGUGAGGCAAAAACGCGACUCAUCUGAGAACAAUACCCAGCUGCAGUCAUCAUCAUUCCAACGAACGUGAUCUCUGGCAAAUGUCAAUCUUGCAGUCCGAUGCUGACGUUGCAACGGGGGACCUGUAGCCAUUCUUUUGCAUGACAGUCCAGCAGCAUGAAGUCUUCUUCUAACGGUCCAUUCAUUAACGUUGACAUUUCUCACUUCUUCCAACUGAUUUCGCAGUGAAACCGCAGUAGCUGUCCUAUUCCGCAAAAAACGGUAAUCUCGUUGAGUGGUAACUCCUUUUCGCCCAGACCCUGGUCUUCUAGUGAUCAGGCCAGUCUCCAGAAAGCGCUGGUACACCCUUUACACACCACAAAGCACCAAUAAUUCUUGCAGUUUCACGUUGCCCCCAACCAUCUUGUAACAGCGCAACAAUUCUUGCCAAACAAUCGGAUCUAAAGGCAUUAUGGGCCUGUUAAAUCACUACACAAAGAAUCAACAGUAAACUGGAAAACAGGCAAGGGAAAUGUGAAAGUCGUACAAACAGGGGGCCUUUGUGUUCUAAUAAAUCGAAUGACAGCUGUCAAGUCUCGGAAAACAAUUGCUUCAACGCCUGCUGAUACUAUUAUGUCCUUAUCAAUAUUGACGCUAAAAUUAUUCGCAAUUUCUGAAGUGACCUCAAUUUUUUGCUCGCCAGUGUAUAUUAUACUCUUCACAGUUUAACAGACCCCCUUAACCCCCAUUUUCAAUGGGCUUGAUUUUUCCUGAAGAUUUCAAUUUGACAUCGUUUUUUGUUUCUGAGUUAGGAUUUUUUUCAAUAUUUUUACUAAACAUUUUAUGUUGAUAUCGCUUUUCGUUUUUAAUUUAGAGUUUUUUAUUACAACCCCCCCCCCCUUGACCUUCAUCAUAUUCAUAUUUUCAUUUAAUCAAUAGACUUUGUACCCUUAUAAAGCUUGAUUUUUGCCAAAAAUUUCAAGUUGGUAUUUUUGUUCGUUUUUGAGUUUUUUUUAAAUAUUUCAAACCCCCUUAACCCCCAGUUUUAUUAAAAAAAUUUUCAAAAUCAAAAAGUUUCUUUUCCUCAUAGAGCUCCAUUUUUGCUAAAAAUUUCAAGUUGAUAUCAUUUCUCGUUUAUAAAUGAGAAAAUAGACAAAACUAAGGACUCUGAUAACAUUUUUUUCACCUUCCAAGACAGACUGUGCCUUAUGGAAUAUAACUAGUCAAAAAUGAUUUUUUUAAAAGGUUGUUUACAUGCGAGUGGAAAUUGAGAUAAGAGUCAAACAGAAUGCCUAGAUUCUUAUGGAAUCCACUAUAAGUAAAGUUAGUUGAUCAAUUUUUAUGGAAAGACUUUGACUAAAUUACGUUGUUUUUUAUGUUUCCAAAUAGGAUUAGAUGACAUUUAUUUUUAUUGAGCUUAAGAUUAGGUUUAAUUGACAAUUUAUGAGUAAGAUCAAGAUCUUCAUUUAAGGCUUGUUCAGCAACUUGAUAAUAAAGUUGAGUGUCAUCGACAUACACUUGUAUUUUACAGUUGCUAACAGGUGUCAAGAUAUCAUAUAAAAUAAAAAGCAUUGGUCCUAAUAUUGAGCCCUGUGGCACACCAGAUUUGACGUUUUGUAAUGAAGAAAAUUCAUUAUUUAAAAGAGCUUUUUGACUACAGUUAGACAAUAUGAAUGAAUGAGAUGAAUAGAAUUUUCAGAAAUACCAAAAUAUUUUAAUUUGAAACAAAGUAGAUUGUGAUUGAUAGUAUCAAAUGCUUUAAAAUAGUCCAAAGCAACAAGUUCUGUAAUUUUUCUUUUGUCUAUAUUUCUUACAAUAUCAUCAGUAACUUGACAAAGUGUAACAGAUGUAUUGUAACCACUUCGGAAACCAGCCUGGCAAUAAAGGGAAAUUCUAUUAUAGAUAGCCUUUUCAAGAAUUUUCGACAUCGCAGUCAGAAUACUAAUAGGCCUUAAAUCAGAAAAAUGUUGAGGUUGUUCAACUUUACAAAGUGGUUUAAUUGUUGCAAUUUUCCAAGAUGUUGGAAAGUAGUUUCUUUGAAUACAACAGUUGAAGGUGCGUAAUGUAAUUAUCAAUAUGCGGACUACAGUACUUCAGCAUGGAGAUUGACACAGCAUCAAAACCCAUGGCAUUAGAUUUGAUAUUAUGGAGUAGUUUAUUAAAUUCUCUGACAGUUAUAAAAUCAAAUACUAGUUUGUUUCCAUGCAAAUUAGGUAGCGUUGAAUUAUUAUAAUAUUCUAAUAGGUCAUCAUCUACUUCAUUAUUAACAAAAACAACAAAAUUACUUAUUUAUGUCUUUGGGUUUCUGCAGUGAUAUAGGUAGGGUUAAUCGCUUUCAUUGCUUUAGUUUAGAGGAUGGUUAAUGUUCAUGCUUAUGGUAAUGGGAGAAAUUGACGCUUUUUAUAUUUGCGAGUAUUUCAGUUAUUUUUAAAAUUACCUAUUAGUAUUGUUUAUAAUGAAUAAUUUAGAAAAUUGGCACUUUAUGUAUUUUCCUGUUUUAAAAAAAUGUCUAAAAAAACUCCAUUCUUAGUUAUAUGUGAUUUUUUGUCUAUUGUAUGGCAACAUUUUGAAUAUGAAUAAUACUCUUUUCAUAUCUUUAUAUAAACCCUAAUUUUUCUAUUAUAAACAAAUACUGCCCCCCUUGAGAAAUAAUUUUUUAUUUGUAUUUUUUUUUUAUUCUGUAGUUCUUAGUGUCAUUGUUUCCCUGGUGAUUUCUUUUUUAAAUAACCCUUUAUAUAUUUUUUUAAAAAAAUUUUACUUUGACGAUUUUUAUUUUAUUUUUGAAUUUUGCAUUUUAUUACAAUUUUUAUAUACAUAUUAUAUAAUCCAGCUUAAGUUUAUUUAUAAUAUAUUCAUUCAAAAUGGAUCCAUACUCGCUAUAGACUAUACAAAAUAAUGCAGUAUUUGAUUCGGAAAGAAAUAUUUGUACAGAACGUUUACAAAUUUUAUUUUAAUGUGAUUUUUAUUUAGUUCUUAUAUCUUUUAAUGAGGUUUCCAGCAGAUAUAAUAAAAUAUGAAACAUCACAAAAAAUAAUACCAUAAUAAAAGAAAACCACAAAUACUUAAAAUUUUGAUGUAAGAAUACCUAAUUUUAGGCAAAACUAAAAGUUAAGUAGAAUUGAUUUUUAGUAGCAGUGAUAAUUUUUUAAGGUUGACACAGUCGGGAUUUUUUAAGUGAAUCAUUGUUGGGUAUUUAUUUUUUUCUGUUAGCUGUUCUAUUGGUUAAUUGAGGCAUGGUUUUACAAAUCACUGAUUUUAAAUGUUCCCAAAAAACUUUAAUUGUAUUAAAGCUUGUGAUUGAAUUCAGCAAUUAUGUAAUUCAGUCAUAUUAAUACAUAACGCUCACUAAAAUUUAAAAUUAAAAAUCAAAUAAUUAUUGUCAAAACAUCAACAAAAAAAUACAAAACGUAUUUUUUUACUGCACGAAUUUUAAAAAUUUUAUUUAUUUUUUGCAAAGCAUAAAGAAUUGACAUGGUAUUGUCAUUUACUAUAUUAGUGCUCUUCCUCUUUUUAUUUUAUUGCAGUAUACAUCGCCCAGUUACCAGAUUUAACAUCAAUAAUUUUUCUUUAUGGACAUUAAAUAUCUGUGUUUUAUGAUACUAGACCUCGAACAUUGUAAUAACCAAAAAGAAUAGUAACGAAAAAAUAUAAACAACUUUUAGUUGAGCCAGAAAUUAUGCAUUCCAAUAACUUCGGAUGAUCAAAAUCACAGUUCGAUUCUUUGAUACUAAAUUAUUUAAUAAUCUAUUUGCUGGUGGUAAAUUUUGAUAAUUCCGCUUUUUAAAAACCGAAAUCUUAUAGAAUUGUAACUUAAUUUUUGUGUUAAAUCAAGUAUAGUGGGAAGAAUAUUAUACUAUACAGGGUUACUCAUUAAGAAUGGGAUACGGAUCAACUGAAGGUUCUCUAAUUCAAAAUAAGAUGAUUAAAUUAAACAUGCUUGGAUAAAAUAUUACUAGUUUCCGAAUUACACCGUGUUAAAGCUGAAAAUUUAAAAAUGAAUAAUGGCAGAAUAUAGAUUUCAGUACAGAUGUAGGCAAAAACUUUCAAGAGUUCAUAAAGCUAUAUUACAACCUUUCUAAAAUACCGAAAGUUUUUUUGCCUACAUCUGUACUGAGAUUUAUAUCCUUUCAUACUGAACCCUCAAAAUUUUGUCCAAGAGCCGCCACUGGCUAUUUCUUUUUUUUUUUUUUUUUUUUUCAUUUUUCAGUAUAAUUUUACUAAAUUCGGCAAACAUUUUUGGUGUCAUACAUCAAAAUUAGUUAAAUAAACUUUGCUAUAGCAUUCAAUAUAAAAACCGAUACACGUCAUCAAUCAGUUGUGAAGUCAUAGCCUUGCAGUGUUGCCCAAUCUUCAAAAUAGUCUAAGAAUGUAGGAAUUUUUAAAACUAUGAGGUUAUGUUUUUUUGGCAAUGUUAUUAGGAUCAAUUAAUUUUAAAUGUAUAAUGAAUUCUAUAUAAAAGCCAAUGAAGGUCAUUGAUAAUAUUUAAAUUGAGGUUUUAGAAAAACACUGAAUUUAAUAGUAAUAAAUUUUGCACAAGAGGUUUAAAAUGACAAUAAAAGUUAGGUUAGGGAUGAAAAAACAAACAAAUAUUAUUUAGGCUUGAUUUAAUUUACAAUAAAAAAUAAUUAUGUUCAGUUAGUUUAUAAACAUCCAUAUAUAAAAGAAUAACAAUAAUUAGAACAGUUAGGUAAUAAAAUUAACAACACAUGACAUUUUAAAACUUAAAUAAUAUUUAAGCUAAAAUCAGUCAGAAUAAUCAGUACUAAAAUCAGAAUCAUCUCUAUUUGGUGUUAUAAUAAUGGGAGCAAUGUCCAAUCGGUCCUGUAUAUGCUCUCUUUCACACCAUUUAAAAAUUUAUUUCUCAGUGUGUCUUACACUGUUUGCCCACAUUUGUGGGGUAAUGGUUCGGAGUGCUUCAGACCACAUGUCUAUACAAUCUCUUUGUGUCUUUCCAUCCCGACCAAUGUGCCUGUUAUAAUAUUGUUUUGAAAUACCCCAAAUCAGUUCUAUUGGAUUAAAAAUACAAUGUUAAGGAGGAAGACGUAACACCUUAUGUCCAUACUGUUCAGCCAGCAUAUCAGCUACAUAAUAUUUUUGGUGGUUUAUUACUAAAAAAAUAAAAUCAUUUAAAAAAUACAAAAAAAGUAGAUUUCCAUUAUUCACCGUCUAACAAGGUUCAAAAGUUCAGCCUUAAACAUGGUGACUGAAUGAGGUAUGUUCUGAUUCGUUAACCACUCUUGAAUUUGAACCUUAAUCGAAUUACUAUUCAGUAUUGUGUGUGCCAAUGUGCUAUGGUAUGAAGCAUUGUCCAUUACAAUUAAAGAUGGUUCAUGCAGUCUUCGAAGCAAUUGUUCUUCAAACCAUUUUAAAAAAUUUUAAUUAUUCAUCUCACCGUGAUAAUCAUAAUCAUUGCUUUUUGAAGCAAAUAUGGCCUCGGCACCAUCAAUAAAUCCAUUUUCGUUUACAGCAUGAAGAAUUAUAUAUCUAUAAAAAAGAUCAAUAUACAGUUAACAUGUAUAUAUUCAUUAGUUUUUUUUUUUUAUUAACCUUUUACCAUCAACUUUUGUACUUUUUACACUUCUUUUUUUGCUGUCUUGCCAAGAACUGGUACAAAUUUGCUUUCUUUUCUUUGGUAUAUUUUCUUAAAAAUUCUGCCCGUUUCACGGCAAUAUCUGGAAGUUCCAUAAGACCUCGCCUUGGUUCAUCUUUCUGGCCAUUUGAAACCUAUUUCUAAUAAUAAGGUAUGCAAUGAUGUGCGACAUCCAUUGAACAACUCCUUCUCAUUAAGUUUCACCAACAAAGAAUCUAAACUUACAUGCUCCUCUGAAAUCAUACAUUAAUUUGUAAUUGUUUAAUAAUAAUUUAUAUACAUAUACACUUACUAGACUCGUACAUGCUAUAAAUAACAUCUCGAAUAGCACUGGUAUUCAGAAUUCUUGUGUUGGUAACUUUCUUUUGCCUAGGGCGCUUUUUUGGUGGUGACUUUAGAACUUCACUGUUCUUUACAGCUUGUGAAAUAGAACUAACAGUAGAAAAAUUGAGAUUAAGUGCUUCUGCGACACGCUGAAACAAAAUAAUAUUAAUUUGACGGUGAUACAUUAUUAAUCAACUCACUUCUCUUACAGCUGUUAAAGGUAACAAAGGCCCAUUAUUAUCACGUUCUUUCUCAAAAUAAUUUAUUAGAGAAGUUCCUUGCAGCGACUAUUUAAUUGUUUUGGCAUUUUUCAAUGAAAAAAUACACAGUUUACUGAUUUGUUAAUAAUUUGCCGAAUUUAGUAAAAUUAUAUUGAGUAAUUAAAAAAUUAUAGCCAUUAACAAUUCCUUAAUUUUCAAACUUUAACGCCCUUUAUUUCGGAAACGAUCAACAUUUUAUGUUUCGCUUAAUCGUCUUAUUUUUAAUCCAAGAAUCUUCAGCUUUUCUAUGUCUAAUUUUUAAUGAGACACCCUGUAUGUAACUUCAAGAGUACUAAAUAGAAAUUUUUGAAGAAAUUUAAAAAAUUUGUACAAGGAAGUUUUCAAAGGAUGCCAUCUUAUUUGCUGUAAAUAAUUCUGUAUUUUAACAGAAUUAUAUUUAAUAUAGAUGAUGGAAUUAUCCAUUGACAGGAUACAAAACUAUUUAUUGACAAAUGACAAAACUAUCGAUUGACAGAUAACAAGGUGAAAAUUAACAAAAUGGUAGAAUAACAGAUUUUCCAGACAUAGCAUAAUGCCACGGUUUUUAGUAGUUUUGUCUAUGAUUAAAAAAAAUCUAGGAUGUCAUCCUGAAAAACCUUCAAUUCCAUUUUAAAAAUUAUAUCUGUAAACCUUUUGUGUUUAUUGUAAGAUAAAUGGAUAGAUGUUCAAAUUGAUGUUAAUUUCUGGAUAAAUUUUUAAUAGAUGUAUAAUAAAUGUUUAAAAAGUCAAUCAAUAUUGUAUAAAAUGUUAAAAAGAUCUUCAAACUAUACUUGUUUACAAUAAUGAAAAAAAAUCAAUUUUUGUGUUUGUAAUAAUACAUUUUUAUUUUAAUAUUUCAUCAGUUUGUGCGCUUACUUUUUUAAUCGUUUUCAAUUCUGAACCUGCGAUUUUCAUAAUUUCGCAAUUCCAGUUUUUAAAUUUUAAAAUUCCCAAACUGUUUUUGGCCUAAAAAUAGUGUAAAUCAAUUUUAUAAAAAAUUAGCAAGUUACAAUGAACAUUUUCGUUACAAAAUUUUUUGUAAAAAAUUCGUACUUUUUUUGGUUCUGGAAUACAUUUUUCAGCUAAAGGCUGCGUAUUUCAUCAUAUAGGCAUUUAUUUUUAGGCAAAAUACAUUCCAACAAAAAAAAAUUGGACUUAUUGUUAAAACAAAGCACUUCUACUUAAAAAAUAACGGCGCAAAAUCUGUGGGGUGAAGACUGUAAUUUAUUUAUUUUUAGUGUAAUUAUAUGUACAGUGAGCGAAGGUUUUAGUUUAAAAAAAUUGUAGAAUUAAUUAGUUUAAUUACGAAUUUAUUGUAAAUAGCUAUUUUAUUUAUUUUUACAAGCAUUUAUCUCAGAUUUUUAUAUUUUUUAUGUUUUUCGUAAGUAUUAUCAAGAGGUCGAACCGAAAAAAUGUAGCUUAUCAAGAGAAAUAAUACAAAUAAAUAAAUAAAUAGAUUAAUAUCAUGUUUCGAGUUUCUCAACAAAUCUGUCGAUUGGGUUUGAAGAAAAAUUAAUUAAAAAACGUCAAGAAGUAACGUCUAAACAGGCUACCAAGUAGCUAUGAAGAAAAUAUUAAAUUAUUUGUAUAUUCUAUUAAUGUUUUUCAAAUUUUUUGAUCAAUUUAAAAAGGUUUGCAUUACAGAUAUAACAAUGCUACUAUAUCUUACAAUUUGUUCCUUUUUAAUCUGAACUAGGUUGAUUCAUGUCAUAUUCUUUACCAUUUCAGAUCAAAUCAAUAUCCAAAGAUUUCUGAUUUUGUUGACACUUUUGAGCCAAGAUUUUUGCUCCUGUUUAUUUCCUCUAUUUUUUGCUGCAAAGAGCUCGUUAAGACACAGUGGGUUCCGCUGUCUGAACGAGGCCUAAGGAUGUUUCUUCGCUAAAGAAUUCAAAAAUUAAAAUUAUUAGUAUGUCAAAACUGUAUCCUGAUGUCCUCAUUCCAAAAUCACUAUCAAAUCUUUGAGUUGUAUUCUAAUAAAUGAUAAACCAAUUUCUGAAUAAGGAAAUUUAAAAUGUCCCUCAAAAUCUAGCGCUUUUUCCUUAUCGCCUUCCAAACUAAACUUUAUCAGGUCUAUCCCAGCAAACAUUUUGGUGUAAUUUGACGUCGAUACUACCUAAAUUAUAUAUAAUAAAUUUGGUCGCAAAAUUAGAUUUAACCAUAAUUAAGUAAAAUUUACGUUGGCUCGACGUGGAUUCGAAAUAAGUGCAGAAUAAGACGACGUCGAAAUUUGGUUUUAUUUACCAAAAUAGGUAGAAUUACAUCUAAAUCCACAUUGUAGUAGCCCAGUACGUUUGGUUAGUAAUACCUCUCUAGGGAAAUUUGACGUCAGUAUAACGUUAAUUCGACGUUGAUUUAACUAAGUUUAGGUAGAAACUACCAAAAUAUUUGCAGAUGACGUAUGCCUCCAAGUGUACGAAAAGAAAUUUUAUAAUUAUUUGGUAUUUUUAUCUAUAUAUAAGUAGAAAUAUUGUAAGAAGUCACCAACACAACUAAAACAUAUACCUAAUUCACAUGAAAUAUUGAAAAUAAAUAAAUGUCGGUGACAAAAAUAUAUGUAAUGUAAUUGCGGUGAAUAUACAGUUCACGCUUGUUGAAAUUAAUGCGAAGAAAAUUUUGUCGUGCAGUUCUACUUAGAAAAAUUACAAUGCCCUUCCAAAAUACUCUCUAAUUAAAAAAAUAUAAGAAAAAAAUAUGAUCGUGUAAAAAAAUAAUAAUAUUAUGAGCUAAAACUAUGUUACGUUUGUUGUGUAUCACUUUAGAAAAUCAAUAAUGUUUCGUUUUUCGGUAUUUUUAUUCGUAUGUUUUAGUUAUGGUCAUUUUAAAAAUUUAAAAUUUGGAAUCGUACUUCAAUUACGUUAAGAAAAUAUGGCGUAUUGUGCGAAUUCGACCUAAAAGUUAUUAUGACUAAGAAAAUCUGUGUAUUUUACAAAUACCUUUUUACUAAGUUGAAUUAACUUCAAUUUCACGACAUAUUAGUUAACUUUACCUAUUUAAAGAAAUAAUAACUUAUAGGUUUUAUAAACAAUUUACCUAUAGGUAAAUAUAACAUAUUUAGGUCACGUUGUUCUGCACUUGAGAUUUUAGACGUUUCACUUUACGAUAAAAAUCGGAAAUAUAACGAUAUGAUUUAUUAUUUUUCGAACUCAUUUUAUUAAUUAUUUUUCGCACUCAUUUAAAGCUCUAUCUACACCACACGUAAAUUCAGAUUACGACUGUAAUGGUUUUUUAAAAUGGCCGAAAUUCUUAAGAAUAAUGACGAAGACAGUAACUGAACAACCUAAUUGUUAAAAUUACAUAAAUAAUAUAAAUUUUACAAAUAGGUCAUGUAUGACUCUUUUUAAAUUGGUGGUUUUUAGUCGAAUUUACUUUGUGGUAGAUUUUUCAGGUAAUUGCUACAACAAAGUUAAUAAAUAUUUCUUCAAGAUGACUUAUAGGUCAACUAAAUGAGUAUUUGGUUGAAAUUAGGUAGAUAAACAUGUAGAAUUUUGCUACGAUCUCGACCUAAUAUUACUUUAAAGGAGAGUAAAUAAAAGUGGCCAAAUAGGUUACUAUGGAGGCAUAAAAUUACGUAGAAUUUUUAACCAAAUCUACCUAGUUUGGAUAUUCUACUAUAAAGACGAUUUUUAGUUGCCAAACAGAUAGAUAUUACCUAAAUAUGGCACCUAAUUUUACUACAAAGGAAAUUUAACUUUGAAGUAAUUGUUGGUUAUUUUUUUUAGUAGUUUUUCCCUUGCUGGUAUGGUUAAAGUUACUUUUAAGCAGAUUUGUGUAAAAGGUAGAUUUCUUGGUAUAAUUAACGUAAAUUUAAAUAUAAAUUAAAACCGUUUGGUAAAUUUACAUUAGAGGUAUAUUUUUCUAGUCAAUUUUACGUAAUAAUUACCUCAAUAAGUAAAUUCGUCUUUAACAAAGUCGAGUUAUAACUAAUGUUAUAGAAAAUGUUUGCUGGGAUCUUUGGCAUGUUCACUUUUUUCUAAGAAUUAUUUAUCUACGUGAUAAUUAAUUUUUUCAAGAUAUUAAUACAAUAAAAAUUAGAAAAAAAGUUCUAAACAAAUAUUUAAAUAUAAAUUCUUUGAAAUACCCUUUUUUUUUAAAUUAUCCCUACAAAAUAAUGAAAACUAUUUCUAAAUUGCCAAAGAGAAAACAAAGGACAGAAAUAAGGAUAAGAUAUAUACCAAUUGAAAAUUCUUUUUAAGGAGAACAUUUUCUUUCAGAGUUAUAUCAUCCUAAAUGUAACUAAUUGCACUAUAGGCUAGUGCUUAUAUUCUGUUGUAGUGCUUAUUACAGGCAAAUAAUGUUAAAUAUUACUUCUUAGUAAUAUAAAAACAAUUGUAAUAUCUGGGUAUAUCAUAUAAUGCAGUCGAGGAUUUUAUCUGCCACGUGUGUCCCUUACCAAAGGGUCGUAUUGAUUACUAGGCCCCACUUAGGCCCUCCAACGGACCAGGUCCAAUGGUCCGAGAACAAGGUAAUGAACAAACAAUAAUACAAUCAUAAAUAUUAUUACCCCAGUUACAUUAAAACGAAUACAAAGCCAUUUUCAACAUAUACAGGGUUGGGCAUCCUAUACACAUCAGUCCAGACUAUGACAUGAUUUUUUUUAAAUUAUUUUAGUACAGAAAGAUGAAUAUCUAUUGGAGCUAUAAUACAUAAAUAUUUUGGAAGUUUUUAUCUUAAAAGUAAACUUUAAAAAAAUGCACAUUACAAAUGUUUUAAUUCCUUAGUACAAUAUAAAAUGAAACUAAUAGGUAGAAGACAUUUCUCAUGCAAGCUAGUAGGUGGCUUGCAUGAAAAAUGCCUUUCAGCUAAACUAAAGUUAGAUUAUAUUAUAUAGAACUUGGCAACUAUGCAUUUUUUCAAUUUGAGAUUUUAAUUUUGUUUAGUUGUCCCUAUGGCCACAGUUUAUCCAUAACUGAUUUCAGCUAAAGUUAAAUUAUAUUAUCUAUAAGUUGGCGGCAUUUCCUUAUCAGCAUAUUUAGGUUUUUGUUUAGUCGUUACCAUGACAACAGUCUCUAUGGCAACAGUUUCUCUGUAACUAAUUUCAGCUAAAGUUAAAUUAUAUUAUCUAUAAGUUGGCGGCAUUUCCUUACCACGAUAUUUGGGUUUUUGUUUAGUCGUUACCAUGACAACAGUCUCUAUAGCAACAGUUUCUCUGUUACUGAUUUCAGCUAAAGUUAAAUUAUCUAUAAGUUGACAACUACGCAUUUUCUUACCACCGUAUUUAGGUUUUUGUUUAUUAUGGCAACAGUUUCUCUGUAACUGAUUUCAGAUAAAUUAAAUCAUCUAUAACUUAACAACAAAUAGGGGGUUUCUCACCACAUGAUUUGGAUUUUUGUUUAGUCGUUACGAUGACAAGCGUCCCUAAUGGCAACAGUUUCUCCAUAACUGAUUUCAGCUAAACUAAAAAAUUAAAUCAUAUAACCUGGUAACUACGCGUUUCCUUACCACCAUAUUUGGGUUUUUGUUUAAUCGUUACCAUGACAACUAUCUCUAUGGCAACAGUUUCUCUGUAACUGAUUUCAGCUAAAGUUAAAUUAUCUAUAAGUUGGCAACUACGCAUUUCCUUACCACCGUGUUUAGGUUUUUGUUUAGUCGUUACCAUAACAACUGUCUCUUUGGCAACAGUUUCUCCGUAACUGAUUUUAGCUUAACUACAGUGUAAUUAAAUUAUUUACAACUUGGCAAAAACACAUUUCCUCACUAUGGGAUUUGGGUUUUUGUUUAUUCGUUAACAUGAUAAGUAACUCUAUGGCAACAGUUUCUCCGUAACUGAUUUCAGCUAAAUUAAAUCAUCUAUAUUAGCUAAACUAAAGUUAAAUUAAAUCAUAUAACUUGGUAACUACGCAUUUCCUCACCACGGGAUUUGGAUUUUUGUUUAGUCGUUACCAUGACAAACGUUCCCUUAGCAAGUUUCUCCACAAUUGAUUUCAACUAAAGUGACAAUUAAAUCAUCUAAAACUUGACAACUACGAAUUUCCUCACCACUGGAGUUGGUUUUUUGUUUAAUCGUUACCAUGACUAUCGUGGGGGGGGGGUAUUUUAUGUCAGCAAAAGUACUUUUAGCAUACAGACGGUUUUCAACCAAAAAAACCUGUGGUUUGUCACAUGUACUGUGAUAUAACUAGGAACGUAUAGAUGAUAGCGACGUCCUAAUAAAAACAAAAGUUCUUACCGAUAUCUUUCAUUUGGCAUAUAUCUGACUCCUAUUGGGGGUGAGGCAAAACUACCCAUUCUCCUUUAUUGAAAAUUUAAAAAACUACCUGGAAGGAUUCGAAACUUAAACAUUCGCCUUCUACGCACACCGCCUUACCAAUUCAGCCAUCUUGCUAUUAAAUGUCCGAAUUGUUAAUUUAAAUAUUUGUGGCAGAAUAUUGUUAAUUUCUCAAUAAACCGAGCUUUUAGGUUCGAUUCCUUGCUGGGACAGUCUUUUCAAUUUUUAUUUUUGGGGUUCAAACAUAGCUUUCAUUUUUUCGUAGGGGUAAUUUAAAAAACAAAUAUUUUGGAAUUUAUAUGUAUAAAUUUUUAACCGCUUCCAUCUCUAUUAAUCCUUUAUUUAGUAAAAAAAAAUGUAUUAGCAGGUUUCAUAAAUUCAAAAUCAUAUAUUUAAGGAAGUAGCAUUCUUUAUAUAUCCAGGUAACUCGUUAAAUGCCUGUAGUCCUUUAAUAAAAAUUGUAUUUAUGCAUUUACAUUACUAGCUUGACGGAUAUAAACUAUUUAAAUACUUAUUUGUAUUUAUUAAACUAUUGAAAGUGGCAUUUUUUCAUCUUUAUUAGUGGAAAAUAUAUACCUCAUGGCAUGAGUUGUAUUUCCAUGUGUUUUGUAUUUGGAUAAAUACUUGUUAAAAUUUACUGUUGAAAUUUUAUCUGGAAUUUAAAGUUUGUGUGAAGAAAAAUGGACAAAGCACAAACAAUGUAAAUAUCAGUGUAGACAAUGUAAGAUUUCCGCAUGACUACGUGUAAUCAUUACAAGUUCUUUGUAGAGGAAGAAAGUCUAGCUAUAGCCUGUAUCCAAAUUUAAAUUAAAGAUUUAUCAGAAUUAUGUACGGUAGAUUAUUUGAAGCUACUGCCUUAUAUGAAAUAAUAGUUGUACAAAUGUCAAUAGCGACAUUUGACAUCAAUAAGUUUUUUAUAAUUCUAUUCUUAAACAAAUGUUUUCAUAUUUCGAAUUUACCUGGUGCAAUAAAAUAGCAAUAGCAUAGUAAUUUUUUACUACAAAUACCAAUCUAUCUAUCGAAGCUAUAAUUUAAAUCCUUUUAUCAGUAUCAUGCCUUAUAUUAAAAUAGAAUUUAAAUACCUAGCGCUAAAGUUUCUUUCGAUGCAAAGGAUCCAUACCUAGUUUAUUUACCUCAUCUUUAUAUAUCUGUACAUUUAUCAGAUCGUUUGUAAAAUAUUCAUUUAAACCCUUUAACAAAUAUGUUCCUAGUACCUAUUCUUGUAUUAAACUUACUGUAUAUCCUACAUCAUCUGUAAUAAACUUUUUUAUUUGAUCAUA